UUGAUCUACUUCUUGUCCCAACAACGAAAGUUAAACAUCAGUACCGGAGUAGUACACUGCCAGCGUUGCCACCAUGGUUCCAUUUUGAACUCCAAUGGCGACAUCGUUUGUUCCCCAUCAUCAUAUCGGUGGGUGCUUCACCUAUUCUCGCCCUCCUCGUGGACAUUUUCAUAACCAUGGGUGGUCACAAACACCAGUUGCCAGGUAUCGUUUGAGACCCAUUAAUGCUUCGGUUGAAACUCCUUCUUUCCCACUUUUUCAACCUCCCCCACUUGAAGAAUCUCCUUCUCAGCUGGAACGUGCGGAUCCUGAUUUCUACAAGAUAGGUUACGUUCGAAGUAUGAGAGCUUAUGGAAUUGAGUUUAAGGAAGGACCUGAUGGUUUUGGGGUCUAUGCCUCCAAAGAUGUUGAACCUCUUCGUCGUGCCAGAGUUAUCAUGGAAAUACCUUUGGAGUUGAUGUUGACAAUAAGGCAGAAGCUUCCAUGGAUGUUCUUCCCGGAUAUAGUACCUUUAGGUCAUCCCAUUUUUGAUAUCAUAAACUCAACCAAUCCUGAGACAGACUGGGAUCUGCGAUUGGCUUGCCUUCUCUUGUAUUCAUUUGAUAGGGAUGAUAACUUUUGGCAACUAUAUGGAGACUUCUUACCUAGUGCAGACGAGUGCACUAGCUUGCUUCUUGCUACUGAGGAUGACCUCUCACAGCUGCAGGAUCCCGACCUUGCUUCAACUAUGAGAAAUCAACAACUAAGAGCCUUAGAAUUUUGGGAAAAGAACUGGCAUUCCGGGGCACCCUUGAAAAUAAAGCGCCUUGCGCGUGAUCCUGAGAGAUUCAUUUGGGCUGUUAGCAUUGCACAGUCACGCUGCAUUAACAUGCAAGUUAGGAUCGGUGCACUAGUUCAAGAUGCAAGUAUGCUAAUUCCCUAUGCUGACAUGCUAAAUCAUUCAUUUCGGCCAAAUUGUUUUCUUCAUUGGCGUUUUAAGGAUCGCAUGGUUGAGGUGAUGAUAAAUGCUGGACAGAGGAUUAAAAAAGGAGAGGAGAUGACCAUUGAUUAUAUGAGUGGACAGCAGAACCAUAUGCUCAUGAAACGAUAUGGCUUCUCGUCUUCUGUGAAUCCUUGGGAUGUAAUACCAUUCUCCGGAAAUGCACAUAUUCACUUGGAAUCUUUCUUGUCGGUCUUCAAUAUAUCCGGUCUUCCUGGAGAGUACUAUCAUAACAGCCAGUUAGCGGAAAAAGGAGACAAUUUUGUCGACGGGGCAGUCAUAGCAGCUGCAAGAACGUUGCCCACGUGGUCAGACGGAGACGUUCCUCCAAUCCCUAGCAUGGAAAGGAAAGCUGUGAAGGAGUUACAAGAAGAAUGUCAGCAGAUGCUUGCACAGUUUCCUACAACUUCUGCGCAAGACCAGAAAUUACUAGUUUCCCUUUUAAUGCCACCAGAUUCUAUGCCAGAAGCAAGGAGGACACUUGAAACGGCAAUCAAGUACAGAUUGCACCGGAAACUAUUUGUCGAGAAGGUCAUCAAGGCUCUGGAUAUCUAUCAAGAGCGGAUAUUGUUUUAGAUUAGUUUUAACUCGAUCGGGUUGUUGACAGAUUAGCGCAUGUUGAAAAGCUAACGACAAUGCUUAUUUAAAAAAAAAAAUUACAGAACCAUGGCAAGUAUCCGGAACAUGUUAUGAAUGCAGAAAAUAUCAUGGUCUCCAUUUGUUUGUUUU